ACUCAGCAAGUCAGGCAACAUCUGUAGGAAGACAGUCCACUCCCGCCCAAACCCCCAUCACCGACGGCCCCUAUCUGUAUGACCCUGAUCCCCGGCUAUCUUCUGCUCGCCCCGCCCUGCCCCUAGACCGCACGCCCUCUGCCCUUCCCCCUCGGUGCCGUUGGUCAGAGGGAUCCGAGUACUACAACACCCAGAAGGCUUUGCGUUUGAUACAUUCUCUUCGAGGGCGAAAGCUGACAAUGAGGAGACUGGAAAGCUUAUCCUUGUACUAGGGAUUGGUCUAUCUUUGAAUACUUUUCUCUGUUAAUACUGUAAACUAGAUGCGUCUGUAUUGCCGAAAGUAGGCCCAGACCAAAAUGGAAGACGGUAAAACGGAGAAUAUGAAGGACUUGGUGGACCGGCUGACGUUAGGUGUAACCAGGAUACUAGAAAGUCGUCCAGGUGUGACAGAAGUUAGAUAUGUAGAAAAGGAACCAGCAGAGCGACAUACAAUUAUCUCAUGGGAGCAGAAGAAUUGCUGCUUACUCCCAGAGGAUCUGAGGAACUUUUACCAAAUGACUGAUGGCUUUUUGAUGACCUGGAGUAUAAAAUUUGAUGGCAAUAACAUGCAGUUGGGAACAAUGGUAAUCAAUAGUAUUUCAACACUUUGUCGACUCGGCACAACAUCUGUUUACAGCUUGCCUAAUGCACCAACUCUGGAUGACCUCGAAAAUGAUACAGACGAUGAAGGUAAAGAAGAGUCUUUGGAAAAACCCCAUUUUAAUUCGAAAUAUCGAAUAUUUGAACUGGAUUGCUGCAAUGGAAAUGGCAAAGUCUGCCUGGUUUACAAAAACAUCCAAUCAGGAGUUGUAUCUUCUCAUGCAGAAAUCUGGUUCUUGGACAGAGCACUUUACUGGCAUUUUCUAUCAGAUACGUUCACAGCCUACUAUCGACUUAUGCUUGUUCACUUAGGAUUGCCCCAAUGGCAGUAUGCAUUAACAAAAUAUGGGGUUAGCCCUCAAGCUAAGACUCCUCACAUGAAUGUGAAAAGAAUUAAAUAUCUUCAACGUCAUGUAGUGAUUAUCCUCCAUGGAGGCAGGAGACCAGUGAUGGAGGAACCAAGACCACCACCACCUCAACGGCUUGCUUUCGCCACCAAACCGGCCGAUCCACCGCCGACUCCAGCGUGUGCUCAAUCUGCCACCAUCCUCCGGCCCGUGCUCGAUCUGCUGCCGUCACUCUGGCCUGCGCUCAAUCUGAUGCUGUCAAUUCUGGCCCGCACUCAAUCUGCCGCCAUCACUCUGGCCUGCGCUCGAUCUGCAGUAUCAAAGCCAUCUUAUGUUAACCUAACACUUUGUCUGUCGUCUCAGGGAUUUCCAGAGAUCGAUCAUGGAGAUCCAGUAUGUAAAUGA